ACCUUAAAUUUCACAGAAUCAUUACUACGAAAAUAGGUUUGCGGGUUAAAAAAGUUUCCUUGAGCAAUAGGGAAUAGCAAUAAGCCUCCUAAAUAAUAAAGUCUCCUCGCUAACAGGCGAUAUUAAACAUCCUAGAUACACGACCGUCGGCAAACAUAUGAGGAGCAGACAUGAGAACACUGAGAUGAGCCUUUUUCUCAUCGAAAAGAAACGCUUGCUCAACCAGUUUUCCAUAUAUUGGUAAAAUGUGUUUUUCCCGACCGGAAUAAGGUAUUACUCAUCAGCCCAAUUUGAAUAUAAAGUGAUGCUCAUCAAGUCAGCUGCACAAAAUUUCGCCUAUCUAUUCAUGGCUUGUAUAUUGUCACACAACACUGCUUUUUAUUAAGCUUGUUUCUCUAUAGUAAAACAGCAAAAUCCGAGCAAAAUGUGUUUAUGUUGUCUGAAAUCCGUGUCCACCAUUAUAAUUCAGUCUAAACUACCAACUACUAAUUGGAUAUACUGAAGCAUGUUUUUAAAACAUCAUUCUUUUUUUAAAUCACUUUAGCUGGGAUAUCGAUGGAAUAAAUACGAGAACGCCAUUGGAGAAAGAAAGUUGAAUUCCGUUUCAAGAAAUGACUACAGAAGAUUCUCCAGUCUGGCUUCCAGUCUUUGUCACCGAAUUUGUUGUCAUAUCGAUCAUCAAUGCCAUCACUAUCGCCGCCUUCGCAAGAAUCCGCCAUCUACGCAAGCACAGUACGUACCUCGUAAUAAACCUGACUGUGGCUGAUCUACUGGUGGGUGCCGUGGCAGGACCACUACUCGUGUUCCACAAACAUGAAGAAAGCGACGGUGUUACAUUACCACGACUUAUUCUUUUGGCUAUUGGAACCAAUUUUCUAAUAGCUUCCCAGGUCAAUCUCUCCUUAAUAUCCUUAGAGCGGCUACAUGCAACACUUUUUCCCUUCAGGCAUUGCUUGAUAAGGAAAUGGCUUUAUUUUAAAAUCAUCGUUGGAAGUUGGCUUGUAUCUUUCUUGAUCGCCAUUGUCCUACACAUUUUACCGCGAGGCGCAUUACCUUACGUAUGGGCAUCAUUUAGUACUGUCACUUUACUUGUCUUAGCUGUCUGUUAUAUUAUUAUCAUUGUAAAUGUUCAAAGAAGUCAUCGUUCAGAACAUCAUGGUUUAAUUCACACGGAAAGGAAACUAUCAGUAACAUUACUGAUGGUCACUGGAGUUUCCGUUCUCACCAUUUUGCCCCUUGCUGUUUACAAGUCCAUUCCAAUCGAUCCACAGAAAAAAUCGUCCAAUACAUCAGGGGUUGAUAUGGAUGUUGUGCUUUUUGUCAUUUAUUUGGCGAGUUGCAUUGUGAAUCCUCUUGUGUAUGCCAUACGAAUGCAAGGGUUUAGAAAAGCCAUAAGAAACCUUGCUUGUAAAAGUACGGAGCCCACCAGAGUGAAUCAUUUACAACCACAUACUAUGCCGUAAACUUUAAACAACAGACAUGAAGUGUAGAAACAUUUCCACGUUACUCUGCUAUUGACGUGACAAACGAUUCCAAAUGAUUCCAAAUGAAAACGCAGCAGUAAAAUAAGAGGUAGGAGAAUAUGGAAAUAAAAUAAAAUAAAAUAAAAUUCGGAAUAUCCGGUGUAAAAACUACUUUAAGAUACGACGUAAUAUUCCAUCAAAGAAUUACACAGUGGGAAUAAGAACUGAUAAAUACUAAAAAGACAACUGUCGUGAGUAAAUUUGUUUCAGUAUCAAGUUAGACUUUCCCACCGUUGUGACCAAGAUCGAUGCUGAAUUUAAAAGCUGGUACUAGUCUCAAUGCAUGAGUGGGUUGCAGACUCGUGCACGAUCAAUAUCGUUUCCCCAAAUGAUCUAACAUUCUAGGGAGCGCCUCGUGAAAUCAUUCUCUUUCCUUUUUCUUUUAAUUUGUUUUCACUAUUUUAGAUAUAUGUCAUUCAUAUACAUUCUGUUCCCAAUAAAGCUCAUGAAACUUUAAACUAACUAGUCUAACUUAGUAAUGAUAAAUGGAAGAAAUUAAAGGAAGAGAGUUUUCAGAAACUUCUGGCCAGAUUCUAGUUACGUCUGAUCUGGAUUUCGACUGGCUUUUGUAGUCCAGUUUAAUAUAUAAAUGAAGAGGUUGGCAGUCACAAGAUGGAUAAUAGCAGCAUCCGGGCACCUCUGUCACCAUGAUAUUUGAGCCUGGCUAAGCAAAUUAUGAAGUUCUAAACCUCGAAUAAUGCAUGUCUAGCUUUCUCUUUGGUUCAACUGAAUCUCGGUUAACGGCCAUUAUACCUGGGUUUGACCAUUAGGUGCAGCAAGUGUUGCUUAGUUCAAAAGUUUUUGCAUGUUAGGCAAAGCUCUGUCGGAAUAAAAAAAUUGUUGAAAGCAGCUUAUUUGGUAAACUUUCUAUCGUGGAAAUAGACGACCGGUUAGCUCAGUGGUAGAGCACCGGACU